CGUCAAUUGACCUACCUGCAUUUCUGUGGCAUUGAGUCUUUAGUGCAGGUAACAAUGCACACUCUGAACCUGUAAGCAAACAGUGCCGUCAGGACGACAAUAUGAGUCUGCUCUACGACAAGGUGGUCAACACCAUUGACAAACCGCCGGACCAGAGACUGGACUCCGAGAUAGAGCAGCUGUUGCCAUGGUUCCGCAAGAAGUCAGAUCUGUUUCAGUCGCUGCACUUAGGGCACGGUAGCCAUCCAUAUCAACACGACCUUGACCGAGGAAGAAUAUGAGUCGGUCAAACAGCUCCAACUGGACGAAGAAGCGGCGGUCAAGAAGGAGGAAGAGAAGGGGAGGGUGCUGGACCGGUCAAAAUAUGGCAUCUACGUCGGCAAGAUUGAUGCUGGGAAAAGUUUCGGUGAGCUGGCCUUGAUUAACGCCGACUGUGUCAGAAACGCCACCAUCAUCGCUGACGAGACCUCCGACCUCUUGUGUGUCGACAGAGAUCUCUACAACAGGUCACUGCGUGCCUUCCAGGCUAACGAGUUCGAGGAGCGUAAGGAGUUCGUGCGGUGCAGUCCCCUCUUCCACAACUGGCAGGUUCGCUAUAAGAAGAUGAUGGCCAUGAGUUUGAAGAAGAAAGUGCUGAAGUUUGAGGAUACUAUCGUGCGGCAGGGGGUACCAGUAGACGGGAUUUUCUUCGUUAUACAGGGUCAGUGCAAAGUCCGGCUUGACCCCAGCCAUCACGAGAACCAGUACCAACAACUGUACCCACUGGGAAACAUCGCAGAGUUAGAGCGUCAGAAGGCCAGAGAGUUACUGCGCAGAGAGAUGAACCUGGAGCGUAGCCGGACGUCCGACAGAAGUCGCUCGACGUACCAGCGCCGUGCUGUGCCGCAGUCAGAAGCCAAGAAACCCACGCUCAAGCCUUUAGAGCUGUGCCUUGCCAGGGCCGUGGAUACCAUAGGUGACCUGGAGAUGGCGAUGGGCUUGUCCACGUACUCCCAGACAGUGGAGUGUACGGAGGAAUCUAUCGUCUACCACCUCGACCAACGCAACUACGACAGACUCAUCGAAAAACGCAACCCUGCCACCCUUGAGAUGCUCAGGGACAUCGUACACACGAAGCUCACACUCCACUUCUCGCGCCUGCACGAAGACACGAUACCCUUGUACCGCUUCUUUCUCUACACGCUAGACGAAAAAGAAAAAGACGCACGUCGAGCAUCCAGAAUGUCCAGACUCAAAUCCCAACAGCAGGCCGAAGUGAACAUUGACAAUCUCCAGAAAGGGCCACUGGUCAAUAUGUACGGACCUGGCAGCGUGUUCUUCCUCAUCCGGAAAAGAGCGAAGGAGAUGAAACUGAGACAACAGAGGCGGGGGAGGGAUAGAGACUUCAGAUUCGGGACAGCGGCGAGCAGACAAACCGAGCACGUCCGAUUUGGUGGAGCGAAAGGUCUCCUGCCUCAGGCUUACAGCAACAACAACUUCACCUACCAUCAGAACGGGCUGGAGGAGGAAGGUGAAGGUCAUGAGUUACCAGCGGGGGCGAUGCUGAACUACUACCACCCGGACGCCGCCAUGCACGGAUUGGAGGACGCAGACUUCUAUGACGGGGAAGGACGAGAAUCGGCCUAAACCAGGCAACAAGGUGUACGUCCGAGCCAGGGUCAAGCCCAAGAACGUGUCUUUCUUCUCUGUCCAGAACGAGGGUGAGGACAAUGACGUGGCCGCUGAUGACCCUCUCAAGACGUCAGCCCCGAAUUCCAGGUCGCCAAUUUCCGGAACGUCCACAGACGUGCCCGGUGUUACAACGUCCUAAGAGCAGCAACAGUGAACCGCCUCGUAGUGCAGGGUUUACAAAGAAGAAGCGCAAACAGUACACGGCAGCAGAGUACCAGGCGUUGAAGGCAGAACUCCGUCAGAAGCAGAAAGCUUUCAUCUCUCUCCUGUCCCGACGCUCCAGCCCGUACUACUAGACGAUAACCACAGACAUUGUUACAGAAGUUGGCUGCUCUCUGGGGUUUUCUCCUGACUUUGUUAUAGUUAAGCAUAAAUUGACUGCUUCGUGAUGAACGCCAUUUUGAGAAGUGACGUAUCGCUUCCUCAGAAUUACAAAGCUCUGACAUCUUUGGCCAUUUGAAUAACUAGACCAUGAAUUCAGAAACUUAAUGUUCUAUCUGCUCUAUUUAAAUCGUAAAAUAAGUCAGAGUUUUUGGUUAUCAAGAUAUUCUGAGAAUUGCAUUCGAAAAGCUUGAAAUGGUGUGAAACUCAAAAUUGUUUACUUCAGAUUUCUCAAAACUAAGUAAUGAGCAGAUAGAACUUUGCAAAUCAAGGGCAGCGGUAUGACGGAGUUUUACACUAAGCAGUCGAAAUGAAGACCUGAUGGGGGAAACGGCCUUAAUCACAAGAAAACUAUUGAGG